GCAACCUGUGGCUGAGCACGUUCCACCCGCUAUUGGCUGCGGCAGCUCCCCCUCGCAAUUCAAAAGCCGCCGCCAUUUGUCGCCAGCGCGACCCUAUCAGCCCCCCCCCCGCAACCCAGUCGAUCCGUGCACACCCGCACGUCCAGCAGCACGACGACGACAACUCCAGCCUCGACCAGCCAUUGGACCCGGCAACUCUGACCUCCGCUGCCUCCCAGCCCAGCACACAUCCCAAGCCCCAACCCCGAGCAUGAGCUCGCUCUCCUCACCCCGGAUGGAUGACGGCCUGCCGCCUCUCCCGCCAGAUACCCUAUCUCAGAUGCAGGUUGGCCGCCCCGGCUCCGGCAAUCGCAAGCUACGCUACAAGCUGCUCGAUCCUUCCGCAUGCUAUAUCAAGCUGCUUCCGGAGGAGCUUCUGAUCGUAGUCUUUGCCCUCCUCGGACCCGAGUCGCUGCCCAUCCUCGAACGGGUCUGCAAGCUGUGGUAUCAUGUUCUCAAGGACGACAGUCUGUGGCGCUCAGCGCUGCGGGUAUACUUUGGAUCCCUGCCAUUGAGACGACUGACCACCGAAAGCUGGAAGAAGGAGCUGAUCCAGCGGCUAUCUCUGAUCCGUCUAUGGAAGCGCGGUAAGGUCGGCGCCAAUUUCUUUGGCGAGAUCGGAACGAUCGACUCGGCCUAUAUGGACUCGACAUACUCCAAGAUCAUCAUCGGCUCGGCAGCAACCGGAAUGGCAUCGAUUUUCGAUCCAGUCACGGGCCAGAUGGAGAAAGACAUGAUCAAAAUCAACCCGGCUGACUUUUUCACCCCGAUCGGCGCCAUGCACAUCCAGAGGAAGCGCAUCGUGUUCGGUACAGAAAGAGGCCGAAUCGCUGUCAAAAGCCAUCUCAGCGAUCGAGGCGGGGCCGUAUCAGACUGGUUCCGUGGCGUGCACAACGGCGCGGUGACCUUUGUUCGCUGCUUGGCCGGUUCGGACGAUGCCGUGGUCAGCGCCGGGGCCGACCAGACCGUGAAGCUGUGGAGCAUCCGCCAGCGCCGCUGCAUUCGGACACUUUUGGCGGCCGAACCCAUCGUUUCGGUCGAGUUUGACGACAACCUGCACAUCCUGGUCGGGACUCAGCACGGCAAGCUCCACGUCUGGGAUAUCGACGCCGACGCCAUAGUCAAGACCGAGUCAGGUCCGCACAUCCCGCCAAGUCGCACGUUCGACCUGCUGCAGCUCGGAACCAUCGGCCCCACGCGAGAUGUCCCGGUCGAGAGGAUUCUGUACGAUCCGACUCUGCCGAUUGCAAUCGUGUUCACCAACCAGCGCGGCCCCGAGAGCAUCUACGCCAUCAACAUUCAAACGGGGGAGCGCCGGUUCACCUUCAGCACCGAAUCGUCCGAAUAUGGGCUCACGACCGCCGUCGCCUGGGACCGCCAGAGCUGUCGGCGUGCCGACAACCAGAAGGAAACCUCGCUCCUCGUCGUCGGGGAUGAGAACGGGUGGGUGCGCAUGUGGGAGCUGCCCGACCCCUCUGCCGAAGACAGUCCAGGGGUCCUCCAGCCCAUUCGGUCCAAGUGGUGCUACCGCAAACCGGUUGUCCAGGUGUAUCUGGACAACCUGAAGCUCGUCGUGGCCUCGGCCGAAGGCAGCAUCGAAAUCAUGGACGCGGUCUCCUGGAGCAGCAUCCAGAUGCUCAACUUCCGGCCGCGGCCCAGUCGCCGCUUUGCGACCGACAGCAUCAGCCGACUGUGGGUCACGUCGUCGCGCCUGGUCUUUGCCCGCAGCGGACAGGUCCGGGUAUUUAACGUCGAUCCGGCUGCAAUUGCCGCGGCUAAGGGCAAGCAAAAAUCCCGGACAAAGCAGCUGCCGAUCACGGACGGGAGUGUCUCCAAGAAGAGCCUCCAGCGCGGUGGCCGCAGCGUGACACACUCCGAGAUCCGCGAUGAGAUCGAAGAGGCCCACAUCGAGCGCGAGCACCAGCGACGAGCUGUCGACCAGCGCCUCCGGAUGGAGCAGCGCUUCAACGGCACGCUUGCCCAGGGAACCGAUCUGACAGAAGAUGAGCUGCUGCGCCUCACCUUGUUGAUGUCCAUGGACGAGCGACAGACGCACGAGCACCACGAUGGCGAUCUCACGUCGGCCCUGGAGAUGUCGCUCGCCGAGUACCAGGGUCUGCGGGAGCAAGAAUCGAGCUCGAUGGACGGCUCGCAGCCCCUCCAGUCUCCUCGACUAUCGCCUCUGCACAUCCCAGAGGGUCUCGAUCUGGGGCAGCCUGUGAUCUCGGACAGUGCAUCAAGUAGUUCGUCGCAGCGCGGCCCAAGUAGCAGCCGACGCCGGCACCGCGACAGCUUUGACGACGAUGACGACGACGACGACGACGAUGAAUAUGAGAACCACGGCCGGGGCAUAAACGUCUCACGACAGGAGCGACUCGAGUACAGCCCACGAACAGACUCGUAUGACUACCGGUACUGGGACAACCAGCACAUUGACGAUGGCCUCGAGAACCGCGGUCGCACCACAAUACGCAUGUCGGGUGCACGCAGCAGCAGCAGCAAGGGAGGCAGCAGCGCGGCCAGCUCGAGUCCUCGUCUGGAACCUCCUGCAGGCAGCGCCGCUGCCGAUUGGUUCCGACUGAGCCCCAACCUGGUUCCGAGCUCGCCACGAUCCGCGUCGCACAUCCAGGUGGUCUCGCCAAGACAGCAGCAGCAGCAGACCGAGGACGAGGAGCUGCGGUACGUGCUGGAGCUCAGCAUGCGAGAGUACUAGCGGAAUAUGGCCGAAGGCUCUACGCUCCCGUUGAUGUCCCGAUCGUCACUAUGACCAAACCAAAUGCCGGCCAGCAAUCGCACGUGCGAUGACUGAUCAUGUCGAGCCGAGUCUUG